UAGUUGAUGAGUUGGAAUGAGCGGUUGUUGCUUGCUUGGGCCUUGCAGCGCUUUUCUUGAUGGGUUUAGCUUUGGUAUAAAUCUUAUUAUUGUGCAGUUUGUAAUAAUACAAAGUGAAAUAUAGAUGCCUGCUAUGUAACCUAUACUUCAAUGUUCAAACGUUGAGUGGUCAACCGGUCAUGACUCGUUGCAAGUCUUAUAGUACGACAUCAGAAAUCAGUCUCGUUAUCAUCCUCGUGCGGUUAGGCUAUGUUUCGGCGCUCCAAGUUAGGCGGACAGUCGUUCAUUCCCGAUACUUCUGCUCUCGGUCCUGGAAUCGAGGAAUCAGAUCAAUCAAGUGUGACAUUUCAUUUCCGCAUCGUUGCCGUUGUCCAAGCAUUGUGAUUACCACACGAACGCUCCCUCGAAAAAACGAUGGAAAGACACCGAAUCAUGCUAACUGAAAGGCGCAGUAUCCCCGCGGCCUCAAACGAUGUCGUGCUUGCAACACAGGCAGGCAGUAGCCU